AUGAUUGACAUUCUUGAUUACUGAAAGGAAGACGUCACCAGGAAAGGCUUAUAACGUUUUAAUGAAUAUCUCGACUUUCAUUUAUAAGCUCAUUACUGACUCAUCAACACGCUCUACUGACACCAUGUCUUGGKGGAUGAGCUAUUUGUGGGUUUUCKGGUUGUUUUAUCAAGUUCUUCAUUCAACAUCAUUGUUGGUCAAUGCAGAUACUUGCAACAAAGAUAUGGUUUUUAAAGAGACUCUGGAAGGUAAGACGCUAGCGAAUCAUGUCUUCAAAACCGUACGAGCCACGAACGAUGCGCACUGCGAAUCCCAGUGUUUCUUGGAUGAUCGCUGUAUCUCCUACAGCUUUGGCACAAGUGCGAGUGGAGAGAAAUACAUGUGUGAGCUGAGUGACUCGGAUCACUUUAUGCAUCCUGGAGAUCUAGUGGAAAGACCUGGUGCCAUCUACAGAAGUGCUCAGAACACCUGCAACUGUCCCAAAGACUCGACAUGCAGAUAUAACUUUGCUGACAACACGCACCGCUGUGAAUGUAAACUUGGGUUUACAGGAGAGCAAUGCCAAACGAAUAUCGAUGAUUGUGCUUCUAAUCCUUGUCAAAAUGGAGGAUCAUGUCACGACCAAGUCAACUCAUACAGAUGUACAUGUGCUACAGGAUUUACUGGGGCCGAAUGUCAGACAGAUAUCGAUGAAUGUGCWUCUAAUCCUUGUCAAAAUGGAGGAUCAUGUCAAGACCGAGUCAACUCAUACAGCUGUACAUGUCCUGCAGGAUUUACUGGGGCUGACUGUCAGACAGAUAUCGAUGAGUGUGCUUCUAAUCCUUGUCAAAAUGGAGGAUCAUGUCAAGACCGAGUCAACUCAUUCAACUGUACAUGUGCUACAGGGUUUUCUGGGGCCGACUGUCAGACAGAAUGGCUCAAAGUCGGUACUGCAGUGUGCAUUGGCUCAAACAACGAUCAGUUCGGAAGGUUUACUAUCCCAGUUGCUUGCCAUGUCUUGAACUUCAAACUUGUUUAUGUGUCCGGAGGUGGAAUAUCGUGGGUACCUGGAAACACCAAAGCCUACUGGGGAACUACCUAUAGACGCGACAACAAGGAUCUUAAUCUACACAUCACGGAUGAUAGUAACACCAGAAUCAGUCCACCACCUGACUUCCCACUGACUUACCCCCAUUACGGUUACCUGACAUACCAGUUGCCAGGUGUGACCAACAUGGACCCAGAACUUACAUUCCCUGAGUUGUCACCUCCCCUAGCAGUGACAGCAGGCAAGGAGUUCAGGAUAUGGGUGGAUCAAGAUCUGAAAAACAUCAGAGAUGAUAACAACGAUGGACAAACUUGUGCUGAUGUUUGGAUUACGAAGGGGAAUGUGUAAUACUCAUUCAUGGAAGAGAAGAAACUCAAUUACCCCCCCCCCCCUAAAAUUUUGGCUGGAUCCGCCCUUGCUGAGAUACUAUAUUGGUCUAAUAGUGAAGAACCACCAGUAGCGAAAAUARCCGGUUUUGCAAACCAAAACAGUGGCUGCUAACUCUCGUUUCCAACCUAAUUUAAAAAAUUGUAUCCUUUUGUUAUACCGAUUAGUAGGGUUAGACUAAAACAAUUAGAUCUCUCGCUGUCAUGGUCUACAAGUCAAUAUAGCUCAUUCGGCUUUCGACCUCAUGKGCAAUUGACUCGUAGACCAUUCAGCUUCGGGUCCAAUUGUUAAUUAAAAUAGACCUCGUCUUUAACUUGAACAAUUGUUUUGUCCAAUUAUUGGCUGACCACUUGUCAUUUGUGUAUUAGCCAUACUCUGACUUCGAUCAGCCCAGAGGUUGUUUCAGGGAUUGAUCUGUAAGUUAGCCAURCCCUGACUUCGAUCAGCCCAGAKGUUGUUUCAGGGAUUGAUCUGUAAGUUAGCCAUGCCCUGACUUCGAUCAGCCCAGAUGUUGUUUCAGGGUUUAAUUUAUAAUUUAGCUGUGCCCUGACUUUGGUCAGCCCAGAGGUUGUUUAAGUGUGUCAAUAAAAAAUUGCAGGUGUUUGAUAUAUUACACGAACAGCUUUUAUUAUGAGAGUUGUAAAAGGUACAUUUACUUAUUUUAUUUAGUUUAGUCCACAUACAACAAAGAAAACAAAUUCAAUGUAAAUCCAAAAAAAUUUAACGCAAGGAAAUGAAUAAUUACAAACAAAUGAUGGAUGAGGCUUACUUACCUCACCCCAUAGGCAGCGGAGCGGUUUGGAAAGUACGGGUAACUGAUCACUACAUCUCAGAUUCAUAUUUUACUGAAAACAUUCUCCUUCCAUCUAGUAAACAGUGCUAAGCCGAAUAUAGACCUUUCUUAGGUCGUUCACUUCGAUAAACUAUGUUUUGAUCUUCUUGUCUAUGUUUUCCUUAUGCUUCCCCACUUUUAAAAUUACUUAAAAAUAAAAAACGUUGGGUGGCAGCUAAGGCACCCCAAUUCCACCGCCUAUUUGCGCCCUAACUGUUUGGGGGGAAAACAACAAAUCUAAAAGUAUUUAUUAUGCACGACCUUAAAGAAAAUAAUGACUAAAAACAAGUAAACUUGUCACAUUUUAUAGUUGUGUAGGUUGUUUUUAAAAAGCUCACUUAAAUUUCAAUUCAUGCGAAUUGAACUUGUAAAUGAUACUUGGACUACACCGCUAUUCCUUUAAUUUGCAUAUGUGGAAUUUGCGUGUCAAAAAUGUUAACGUAGCAUGCUAUGCUUUACCAACUAUGUUAUCUAUCUGAAUUUAUAGGGUUUUGCAUGGUCACUUGACAAACAAAACUUUUGCUUAACAUUUUUUUAAAUGUGUUUAAAAACCUUAUAGUUUU